AUGGCUGACAUCCAUCCGAUUGUCAAGCCAUGGCCAUUUCGAGGAUGGGUCAUUGACAUAAUUGGUAAGAUCUAUCCUACUUCUAAAAAUCAUGGGUUUCUCAUGAUUGCAACAGACUAUUUCACAAAAUGGGUUGAGGUCGUUCCUAUAAAGAAAGUAGAACACAGCGAUAUGGUGGAGUUUGUCAAGGAACACUUGAUUUACCGCUUUGGGAUCCCUGAGUCAAUCACAACUGACCAAGGUACCAUGUUUACUGGGGGAGAAUUUAGAUUGUUUGCUGAAGAUUUUGGAAUAAAGCUAAUCAACUUAACUCCUUACUACCCUCAGGCCAAUGGUCAGGCCGAGGCAAACAACAAGGUCAUCAUCAGCAUGCUGGAGAAGAUGAUGGACGAUAAUCCUAGAGUACAUGAUGUUGUGCUUCCAAUGGAGAUUGUCAUUCCUUCUCUAAGGGUGGCAAGACAGAAUAGCUUGACCGCAGAGGAUUAUUCAGAGGCAAUGGUGAUGGAAUUGGAACAGUUAGAAAAGGACCGCAUUCAGGCUUUCAAUAGAAUACUGGUCCAGAAGAAGAAGAUUGCUAGGGCUUACAACAAAUGGGUGAAGAAGAUGAUCUUUCAUGAAGUUGGCCUCCACUAUGAUUGUGAUGUUGCGACUGAUACCAGGGUUGCGACUGAUACACAUGUAUGUGAGGAGAAGGUGUUUGAUCGUUCAUCGACUAUGUGCAACGAGAAGUGGAGGAACCUCUUGAAGGAGUACAAGAAGGUCAGACACCACGACAAGAGAAGUGGUGGCUCUGAUAAGGCAUGUACAACUACUUGUUUCUCCUCUUGCAGUCUUUGA